UUUUCGGCUAUGCCUUAAUAAAGUGGCGGGAAAAUUGGCGCCACAAUAAGCGAAACCCCACCAAAAAUCAUGGCUUUUCCUUUAUUUCUAUCGAAUCUCUCCUGUUCUCAAGGUCUGAUAAUCUCUCUUCGCAAAAACCCAUUUCACUGCAAUUGUCUCCCUCAUAUUCUCAGAAUGGCCCAACAAGAAGUCGCAAACAACAGCCCCGAAAUCAAAGAGCCGGCGACAAAGGUCCCCAAGCUUCACCAAAACGACGGCGUCGCUGAGAUAAUCUCAUUCUUCAAGGUCAAAAAGCUUUCCGAGAAGGCUGUUUUGCCGUCACGAGGCUCUCCUCUCUCCGCCGGUUACGAUCUCUCAAGUGCGACUGAAACAAAAGUACCGGCGAGAGGAAAAGCUUUGAUUCCCACCGAUCUGAGUAUUGCGGUACCUGAAGGAACCUACGCACGAAUUGCGCCUCGUUCGGGGCUGGCGUGGAAGCACUCGAUCGAUGUCGGAGCGGGCGUGAUUGAUGCAGAUUACAGAGGUCCAGUUGGGGUCAUACUUUUCAACCAUUCAGACGUUGAUUUUGAAGUGAAGGAAGGUGAUAGGAUUGCGCAGCUGAUAAUCGAGAAGAUCAUCACACCAGAUGUUGUGGAAGUUGAAGAUGUGGAUGCCACUGUCAGGGGCAGUGGAGGGUUUGGCUCUACCGGUGUUUAGAUCUAGUCUUUUUUUUUUUUUUUUUAAGUCGGUGUGGUGCGAUUAAGGAGAUGCUGGAUUAGUACUUAGUAGUAAGUUUAAGGGAAAGAAAAGGCAAAAACAAGCUUUAAUUGGUAAUCUGUCGAACAUUUGCUAUGCUCAUUUUCUGGGGUCGAUCCAUGAUAUGUUACACCACAGAGAAGCACUUGUGACGGAUGUUUAAAUGUCGUACAAUAUUUCUUUCAUUUUGAUGAGUUGCUCAUAUGUGCAUAUGUCGAUAUGUAAUUGGAUUUGGUUUAUGCAAUUGCUCACAAUAAAAAAUUCCAUAUAAAA